CUACGCAAUCGAUCGAUCGGCCACCGCACGAGUCCAAAAGGCUGUCGUUUUAUUCUAUUACUUUACGUUUUACCCAUUAAAUAAAUAAAUUAAUCUCUCUUUCCGGACCUUCGUUCGUUCGUUCAUGGGCAAUUAGACUUUCUUUAUUCUACUGACAAACACCGAAACACCGCUAGCUACUGCCCCCUUCCAUCAAAAAAAUGGUAUCAAUGUCACAGACGAGUCCGUCACAUGUCAUUCGGACUGAGAUUUUGCAUUCUAGGUCCGGAUAUACUUCACUUUUUAGUGGAUCAUACAACACAAAUGCAUUUAGAGAUAAGACAACCGUUGCAUUUCCACGGGAUUCCCCCAAAACUACCAACGCCGUUGGUGUAAAAGUCAGAAGGGGCGAUAAAGUAAUUGUUGCCGCAAGUCCUCCUACAGAUGAUGCAUCGCCUUCUACAGAGCCACUUACAAAAGAAGAUCUUGUUGGAUACCUUGCUUCUGGCUGCAAGCCGAAGGAAAACUGGAGAAUAGGAACUGAACAUGAAAAAUUCGGUUUUGAUCUUAAGACGUUGCGCCCCAUGACUUAUGAACAAAUUGCCGAUCUGUUAAAUGCUAUUUCUGAGAGAUUUGAUUGGGAGAAAAUCAUGGAGGGGGACAACAUAAUUGGGCUUAAACAGGGAAAGCAAAGUAUAUCUUUGGAACCUGGUGGUCAGUUCGAACUUAGUGGCGCUCCUCUCGAAACGCUUCAUCAAACUUGUGCGGAAGUUAAUUCACAUCUUUACCAGGUUAAAGCUGUUGCAGAAGAGAUGGGAAUCGGGUUUAUCGGAAUUGGUUUCCAGCCAAAAUGGGAACGAAAAGAUAUACCUAUAAUGCCCAAGGGAAGAUACGAGAUUAUGAGGAAUUACAUGCCUAAAGUCGGUUCUCUUGGACUUGACAUGAUGUUCAGGACAUGUACCGUUCAGGUUAAUCUUGAUUUUUCUUCUGAAGCUGACAUGAUACGCAAAUUUCGUGCUGGUCUCGCUUUACAACCCAUUGCGACAGCACUAUUUGCUAAUUCACCGUUUACAGAAGGAAAGCCAAACGGUUAUCUCAGCAUGAGGAGCCAAAUUUGGACGGAUACCGAUAACAAUCGUGCCGGAAUGCUUCCUUUUGUCUUUGAUGAUUCUUUUGGAUUUGAGCAAUACGUUGAAUAUGCUCUUGAUGUCCCGAUGUAUUUCGUCUAUCGGAAGAAAAAGUAUAUCGAUUGUGCGGGAUUGUCCUUCAGGGACUUCCUAGCAGGAAAACUCGCUCCACUUCCAGGUGAAUAUCCAACUCUAAACGAUUGGGAAAAUCACCUCACUACAAUAUUCCCCGAGGUUAGACUUAAACGAUAUUUGGAAAUGAGGGGUGCUGACGGAGGGCCAUGGAGAAGGUUAUGUGCAUUGCCCGCUUUUUGGGUGGGCAUAUUGUACGAUGAUAUAUCUCUGCAAAAUGUUUUGGACAUGACAGCCGAUUGGACUGAAGGUGAACGACAGAUGUUGAGAAAUAAGGUUCCUGUAACUGGUCUGAAAACCCCAUUCCGUGAUGGGUUGCUGAAACAUGUCGCUGAAGAUGUUUUACAGUUUGCAAAGGAUGGCCUGGAGAGAAGAGGAUAUAAAGAAACAGGAUUCUUGAAUGAAGUGGCAGAGGUUGUUAGAACAGGUUUAACUCCAGCAGAGAAGAUUCUAGAUUUAUACCAUGGGAAAUGGGGACAAACCGUCGACCCUGUAUUCGAGGAACUACUCUACUAAGAUGCUCAACUUAUUGUCAACAUUUCUGAAUAAGCUUGUGUCCGGCAUGCAUUCACCGAUGCAGCAAUAUACAUUUAGUGAGUUAUACUACCAUUUAAGACGUCUGAGGUUCCGACAAACGUAGGAUCCUUUGUACAACUGCAAUUUAUUUAACUUAAAAUGAUAUGUAUUUGUGUUUUUCCUUUCAAGUAACCAUUCUACUAAGUUAUAAAUUUUAAUCAAGACCCA